CCUAAAUUGACAAUAAUGGCGCCCAAGGUAGUUGUUGUUGAAAAUCACCGUAGUUACGAAAUCACCAUAUAUGGAGAAAACCCGCUCCAGGCUUCCGGCCAUAUUGGACCGCAACGUCAAAACAUGGACACUUCGGGCAGAUCACGGAUGAAGAAAAUCGAGGAUAUUCCAUGGUACCACCAUAACUUGACAAGGAACAGUACUGAAGUUUUACUUCUUUCUUAUGGACGCCAAGGAAGUUAUUUAAUCAGACCAAGUAAAACCAACCCUGGACAUUACACUGUGUCAGUCAAGAGCCUUGAUUCUAUAAAGCACUUUCCACUGGUUCUUCAAGGCACAAAGUUUGUGUUUGGAAUAGGAGAAUUUAAUAAUGUUGAGCAGUUGAUGGAGCAUUUUCAGAAUUAUCCCAUCAUUGGAGGAGAAACAGGACAGCCUGUUACUCUUUCUCAUCCGUAUCCUUCCGAGGUUGAAGAGCCAUCAGUAUAUGACGAUAUAAGCAGACAUGCAGUCUGUGGGAGCUCUUUUAACCACCACCGGCCCUUGUCUACUUCAAAUUCAUCUGAACAGGAACCAAAAGAUAUCAACUGGACUGUUGCCUCCAAGGAAGGCUUUCUUACCAAACAAGGAGCCAUUCAUAAAAACUGGAAGAGAAGAUGGUUUGUCACAAAUAGAAACACGCUGCAAUACUAUAAUGAACGAGGGGAUAAGAAACCUAUCAGAGUACUUGAUCUUCGACUUGCAGAAGAAGCCUCUAAAAACAACACAUGCGGAAAGCCAAAUGCCUUUAGCUUAGUUUUCCCCUAUAGAACAUUUCUUCUUUGUGCAGACACUGAGCAGGAAAUGCAAGAAUGGAUUGAUCUGCUGAAAUGGAAACUUGACAAAAUCAAGCACAAAAUGCGCAGUGGUAAGUUGUUCCUGCCAAUGAUUACACUAGGACAUGCAUUUAAAAAAAAUAGUGUGUUCAUGCACAGUUAAAUAACAGUGUUAUGUCCUUUGCUUCAAACAUUACAAAAUUACAAAAUUUAGUUGCACAGGUUUUCUUCAAUCCUUUUUUUAAAUUUUUUGUAAGAAUCUUAUUGUUAUCUUUCUUUAUUUGUGAUACUUAUUUGUUUCUUUGCUUAGUAACUGUUUGAAAGUUGUUCCUGGUGCUGGAUGACAUUGUGCUGGUCAACAGGCAUACAAGAGGAUUCUUAAAUAUUUUGUGAAUAGCUAACAUAAUGUUAGUACUGUUCUUAAGUUAUGUGUACCACAGUUGUAGUUAUUUAUUGAGGUUUAGUUACAAACAAGACAGCAGUAUUAUGUAAUCUGUACAUUUUCAUUCUGUUGACUGCUU